UAUAGCAGAAGUACUUCCUGGUUUCACACGUGUGUGUUGUUUACAGGCACAUUAUGAAUUCGCACAGCAUUCAUUGUUUGCUCAAUAUUUUCUUAAUGCAUACGUUAGUUAUAGUGGAAGUCAAUGGACAAAAAACUAAAGUGAUUCAUCAAACGCCUGCUUUCAAAAAACAUGAGAUGUUCAAUGACAUAUUCCCUCUUACUAUAAGUAACUUUUCUGAGAACGUUCUCCGAAGCAAGGAAGCAUGGAUUAUUAUAUUCCAUGAUGGCACUAUGUUGAAAACGUGGAAAAGUAUGACAGCGUCAGUCAGAGGUGUUGUCUGGGUCGGAAUGGUAGAUAUAAGGCAGGAAAAACAGAUGUUGCAAGAUUUGCUCAAUAUUGAUGAAAACAAUGUGCCCAAUGCCAGAAUAUAUCCAUUUGGGAGCAAGAAUAAAAAGUUGAUGAAGCAUAUUGAUGUUGAUAGCCCAAAUGAAGCUAAGCUGAAGGCUCUGCAGUCGCUGCCUGAUAAAACACAGAGAAUAUUCAAGUCUGACAUUCAUGGCUUUGUCCUAGAUAGUUACAUGUCUCAUCCAUCCAGAUUCCCUACUAUAUUGAUAACUGAUGAAACAGCCACCCCAGCAUUAUUUAAAGCCUUAGCCUGGCGAUUUGAAAAGUAUUAUAACUUUGGAGUUAUGAAGAAUCCAGAAGCAGAGGAUUUGAAGGCUCUGGGAGUAAGCGGCUAUUUCUUAGACACACCCUGUCUGUUGGUGCUUGUUGCUGAUGCACAGAAACAUGGGAAGCAGUUGAAUGAAUAUGAGAACUUACAGUUUAGUGGAGUUCCUUACAAUAAAGAUACUAUGGGAGAAUUUAAUUUCCCCAAUUUGAUGAAAUUUCUGUUUGCAAUUAACUAUCAGUUUCGACAUGCUUUACCUGGAGACAACCAUAGUGACAAUAAGAUAGUGGCAGAAAUGCUGGAUAUAAUUGAAAUUGAAAAGAAAAGAUUUGAAAUUAUGGAUGAUCAGGUGCUAAGUAGAGAAGAAUUGUAGUGAUACUUGGAACCCAGCCAUGUACAUGUCUUCCAUAUAAAUUAAUAUCAAGAAUGUUUUUCAUAUAUGUGGAUGGUAUGUUUUAUAAUAAUAUUUUCAGUCUUGCCAUCAGAAUUUGGUCCCGAUCUCACUGAAAUAUAAAAGCUGAGCUGUCAAAUUUAAGGGGAGCUUUUUGCCAUAGAAAAAAAUUAAUGGUUUUUAUGAACUGAGGAAAAAAUUUGCCAAGGAAAAAUAAUUUGUAUUUUGUUAGGUUUUAACAUAAACACUGGGAGUUUUAGCAAAUCAGGGAUUUUACCAAGUGUGUGGCUUUGUAGUAUUCACUGCUGGUAUAAUCAUCUCUCAGACUUAUAUUUGUAGGUAUGUUAAUUAUACAUCUCAGAUGUGCUUUAUAUUGGUAAUACCAAUCCCCAAAUGUGUAAUUUAUAUGAAAUUGUACUUAAUUGGCAACUUUGACUAAAAUGAUGGUGUCAUGUUUACCUAUAGGUUAAACGAGAUUGGUUUAGUCAUUUUAUGUUCCAGUUAAAAAAAAUUGCAUUUACCCAAUUUGUGCUAUGUGGCAUGUGCUGUAUUUUUUGUCAAGUUUUUAGUUUUGUUAUAUAACUAGCUGUGAUGUGCUGGCAAACUGCCAUCAACCCUUUUCAGUUUUGACCUUUCAGAAAUAUGGUCCUUUGGGAUAUCAAGACUGUCACUUUGUAUGUGAAAAUUAUUAAUAAUCAAGUCAAGUGAUUAAAUCACAGCAAUCAAAGAAACUAUUCUCAUUUGAUUAAUCCAUAUGUAAUAAUUUUUUUUCAUUAUUUAUUAUAUUUAGAGUAGAUUUCUAAAAAAUUAGAACAGUCUGUUAUAAAGUUCUUGCAGUCCGUCCACAUAAAUGUGCAUUUUGUAUGUAAACAACAUUUGCUUUAUGCUAUUUUCUAAUGAGCUGUAUUUUCAAAAUAUUUUUCAUGUUUUUAUAAAUAUUUUAUUUAUAAUGUUCGUGGUUAAUUGCAAAUCUGUGUUACAGAAGCUAUCAGAUAGCCUUUAAGAAACAAUUGUCAGCUGUAUAUAGCUUAUACAUAUUUGCUUAUUUUUGUAAUCUCUUUACAUCAAGAUUGUUGUUUGUUAAUUAAAUUGUUUUUGUAGUGCAUUAAAGAAGACAUAAGA